UUCCUUGAAGCAGAGCGCAUUGUAGGUGGAAAGCGGCCGCAGCCAUCAACUUUUAGCUAGCUUUUGUUAACAUGAUAGUUUGAACGUCUAUCGCUGCAUUUUACAACUCUAGCUAAACAGUUGACGCUUAGUGCAACGAGCGUUUUUAAUACUCAUUGGAUAAUUUAAGUGUUAAUUAUUUUUUUUAAGUCGCACGGAGGGUGUUUUUUUUUUUUGCAUUACUCGUUCAAGUGUUUGCUAGUUUCGUCGCCAACAUGUCUGGCGGAGGAGCUUUCCGUAGACAAUCCGGGAGCAACGACUGUCGGAUAUACGUGGGGAAUCUCCCCCCUGACGUUCGUUCACAAGACGUCGAAGACUUGUUUCACAAGUACGGAGCUAUCCGCGAUAUCGAUUUGAAGAACCGAAGAGCAGGACCACCGUUUGCCUUCGUGCAGUUCGAGGACCCGAGGGAUUCUGAGGAUGCUGUUUAUGGACGUGACGGCUAUGACUACGAUGGCUACCGCUUGCGUGUUGAGUUUCCGCGAAGUGGAAGGGGUGGCGGAGCUGGUGGCGGUGGAGGUGGUGGCGGUGGAGCAAUGGGACCACCGAGGGGAAGGCAAGGACCCCCUUCCCGUCGCUCAGAGUACAGGCUUAUUGUUUCAGGCCUACCUCCCAGUGGAAGCUGGCAGGACCUAAAGGAUCACAUGCGAGAGGCAGGUGAUGUAUGUUAUGCUGACGUAUUCCGUGAUGGCACCGGGGUAGUGGAGUUUGACCGCAAAGAGGACAUGAGCUACGCUGUCCGUAAAUUGGAUAACACCAAGUUUCGCUCCCAUGAGGGAGAGACGGCCUACAUUCGUGUGAAGGCGGACGGUCCCCGCAGCCCCAGCUACGGUCGUUCCCGCUCUCGUAGCCGCAGUCGAAGCCGAAGCAAGAGCGCAUCCCGCAGCUACUCUCCUCGCCGUGGCAGAGGGUCCCCACGUUACUCUCCAAGACGUUCCCGCUCCCGCUCUCGCUCCCGCACCUAGAUUCAAGUCAACCAAAGCAAAACGUGCCUCAGAGCCGAAGAGGAAAUCUUCACAUCACAUAACAACCCCUGUGUACUCAUUAUGGAUCAUCUCGUAUCACCCCCUUUUCUCUUGCUGCUUUGGGUUCCCUUUUUUUCGGGGUUUGGUUGCAGUUUUACAUUUCUGCACAAUGAUUUUUUUUUGUUUGUGUGCAUGGCUCUGUUUCAUACACUUCCCCCCCCUCCCCCCCUCUCUCUUAUCAGCAUUGCUUUCUGCUCGCCAUCACUCUGGCUUCUCUACUUCAUCUCAUCAUUUUCCUUGUAUGUUUUAUGUUACAUUUGGAGAAAAAAAAAUCUAUACUUCUUUUAUACAUAUACUACUGUCCUUUGACAUUCUUGUGUGUCUCUCUGUAGAGUUCAGAGGAACAGGAUAGGAUUGGAACAGAGGAAACAGUUCAUAUUAGGAUAAACAGGAGGAGGAGGAGGAGUCAAAUAUGGCACCAAUGGUAUGAUUGCUGUGCCCUGUCAACUGUGAAAUCUGCAUUAUAAGGCUGACAAGUUUAUUUUCAAAAACUUGACAAUUGAGUUUUGUUAAAUGUUUUCAGUGGUUACGAGUCUGUAUGUUGAGACCGAACAUUUCUGGUGUUUUUUUUUUUCUUAAAUCUUUCAGUAGCCAAAGUAAGUUUGUUUUUUUGUUUGUUUUUUUGGGGUUGAUUAUUAGCUAGUGUCCCUUUUUUUUCUUCUCAAAGUCAAGUCCCUCAUGGAUACAUUUUAUUGAUAUUUUCUUUAUUUUUCUGAAGGUGUGAUUCUAACUUGCCUCCUUCUCUUUGGUUCUGCUGGUAUUCUGAAGGUUUGGACUGGGCUCUUUGCCUCCCCAUUCUGGAGACGGAUCAGGAUUCAGGAUCAGAUCAGGAUUAGUUUUAGGCUUCAGGAUGGAUUCAUGGAGCAGUAGCACGGGAACAUUUUACUGGGAGAGGAUCCGUGACUCUGUCCACAUAACCCUGUCAAACCGGAAGAGUUGAAGUGAAAUACAUUGAAACUAAAUUGGCUAGUAAAUUCCCCCCUAAAAAAAAAACCAAUAUCUGGCGGCACAGUUUCGAGCAAGAAUUUUUAAUUAUUAAAAAGAACAGCAAAGAUCGGCUGAAAACCAGGAGGAGGGCUGGGAGGUGCAGAAUGGAUCCACACGCUUAAGGAGAGUUGAAAAUAGUGGGAGUCUGUAAAGAGUGAAGAAGGGAGGGGAGAGGGAGGACCAGGAGGCAACAAUGGAAUUUGACUUAAAUGUGGUUUGUAUUUUUUUUUUCGUAAGUAAGUCUUUUUCUUAGGAUGAUUUUGUUUUUUCAGUUAAUUCUUCAGCAUCUAAAGGCUUUAUUCUCUUUUAAUAAAAAUUUCAAUAACACAAAUUUAA